GGUCGGAAGCGGGAAAAUCGUGCGAUGCGGCGGUUUGACAGUCGUGUGCUCGGGGAUAAACGUACAUGUACUUCAUCUUGACGGUUGCUGCGGGUUAGCGGUGUUGUCGAGAAGCUGAGGUCGAAUUGUUCGAAAUUGUGUGGGAGGCAGCGGAACAAAACGAUAGCCGAGCCACCGGUCUAGCCCGCUUUUGUGCGCGCUAGCGCCGCCGUCUUCCUCGUCAUGGCAAGAACACCAACUUCAUGCAUUCCGAGGAGCUGCGACUUUAGCCAUCGUAGUUUCCAGUGAGACUUGCAAGACUUGGAAAUAAUUCGUCGCGACAAGUCUACGGCCAGCAUGGCACACGGAGACACACACAUCGCCCAAACCCUGCUGCACCGCGCCUUCUCCCCUUCGACCGCAGAAUCGCAUUAUCACGAGCGCGUGCUGAAGCGGCCCCUUCACAUUCGCGCAACCUCGCCUACACCCUCUGCACGCGCGGUCCGCCGUCGCGCCCUUAACGAGAUCAAACAGACUGCUCGGAAGCGCAGCAAGAACAAGCCUCGUCCAUUGUCCGCUGCGAAAAAGCGUGCACUCUGCCUGAACGAGAUUCCCAAGGAGCAGCAAAACUACGCCCUCUAUGAGGGGUUGCACAACUUGUGGGCUGGCUACAUGAGGGACGUGCUAGGCCUGAGCGAUACUGCGCGGAGUGUCCUUGUCACGCCGAAUUCGAGUGGACAACUGCUUGCGACUGCCGACAUGCACGGGGCGCUCGUGACUGUAGUGCGAAGCCGAUGUGUAAGUCGCGUAGGCUUGGAGGGUAUCAUCGUUCGUGACACAAGGUUCACAUUCGAGAUCAUCACCAAGAACAACUCUGUGAAAUGUAAGUCUAGCAAGCAAGACUUAGGUAAGUGGUAAGUAUCUGACAAAUUCAGCUGUCCCCAAAGAGCACACGAUCCUCCGGUUUGAGGUACCGCUUCCUGAGCAAGAUGGGAAGACUCCCAUGAAGCCACUUGUGUUUGAACUCAACGCGGAGCAGUUCCAGA